AUGGCGUCUUUCGGCCUCGGGGGGCUGAACGCCGCCUCCCGGAGGAAAAGCGUCCAGUCCCGCAACGCGGCCGUCGAGAGGCGGAAUCUCAUCACCGUCUGCAGGUUUUCUGUCAAGACACUGAUUGAUCGUUCAUGUUUUGAAACUAUUGAUGAUUCUUCCCCAGAAUUUAAUAAUUUUGCAGCUAUUUUGGAACAAAUUCUAAGUCAUCGCCUCAAAGGUCAGAUCUCCUGGUUUGGCUAUGAAAGCCCUCGUAGUUUUUGGGAUUAUAUUAAGGUUGCUUGCCGUAAAGUUUCACACAACUGCAUCUGCAGCAUUGAGAAUAUGGAAAAUGUCAGUUCUUCAAGAGCUAAGGGAAGAGCUUGGAUUAGAGUAGCAUUAAUGGAAAAACACUUGUCUGAAUAUAUUUCCACAGCUUUGAGAGACUUCAAAACAACCAGAAGAUUUUAUGAAGAUGGAGCAAUUGUAAUGGGAGAAGAAGCAAACAUGCUUGCUGGUAUGCUGCUGGGUCUCAAUGCUAUUGAUUUCAGCUUCUGUCUUAAGGGAGAAGGCCUGGAUGGUAAUUACCCAGCUGUGAUAGACUACACACCUUACCUGAAGUUCACGCAAAGUUCUGACAGCAUCAGUAGUGAUGAAGAAGAGCUGAGAACACUGGGCAGCACCGGCAGCGAAAGUAGCACUCCAGAAAAUAUUGGUCCUCCAUUUUUCAUGGAUGAAAACAGCUGGUACAAUAAAUGCAAAAGAGUUGAACAGAAAUAUCAUCUUACACUGGAGCAAAAGGGUUAUCUGGAAGAACUAGUACGCCUUAGAGAGGCUAAACUGGCGGAAUCCAUCACACAAAACAAGCUAUUACAUCAGAAAAUAGAAGCUAUGGAUGUAGCCUAUAAAAUGGAAAAAGAACAGCUUGAGUACAUCAUAGUGGAACUGCAGGAUCAGCUAACUGUGCUAAAGAAUAAUGAUUUAAGAUCAAGACAAGAAUUAACUACCCACCUCACCAAUCAGUGGCCUUCCCCAGGAGCUCUGGAUGUUAAUGCUGUUGCCUUGGAUACGCUACUUUAUCGAAAACAAAAUAAGCAAUGGGAUGAAAAGAGUUUUCACAGCCUGGACCAGCUGUCUGCAGAUGUUAGCCUUUCUCAGACAUCUCUGGAUCCCAGUCAUUCCCAAGAUGGAGAUGGAAAACAGGAUGGAUUAAAUUUACUUAGUGAAGUGAAAGAAGAUACUCCUUCAUUGCUUGGUCUCUGUGGCUCUCUAACUUCAGUAGCAAGUUACAAAUCCCUCACAAGUUUGAAAUCAAGUGAAUAUCUUGCAAGUCCCACAACAGAGAUGACAAGUCCUGGACUAACUCCUUCUUGA